AACGAAUGACCUCCCCUGAGGACCCCAGAAAUGUUACAGCCGCCUCUCACCCUCUCCCUCCCUUCCCCCUCCCCCUCUGGACCCACCGCCUCCUCGCACCGCCGCCGUCUCCCCUGCCCCCGGCUCCUCCCGCCAAAGCAGAGCGGCAACCGCCCCCCCUUCAAACCCGAGCCCGGCGGCGCCUCCCUGCUCAAUCCGGACCAAGCCCGCAGGGUGCUCGACGAAAUUCCCCAACCGAGCAAGAAAGCCCCUUUCUACGCCCAAUCGAUCUCCACCGACGCUCGGUCCCACCAGUGGCCCUCGGUCCUCUCCUCCUUCUCCUCCAUGCUCUCCGACGACGCUCGCCCCGACAAAUUCCUCAUCCCCAAGGUCCUCAAGGCCUGCUCCGAGCUCCGCUCCCUCUCCCUCGGCUCCGCCGUCCACGGGUACAUGGUGAGGAUCCAGCUCCACCCCGAUGUCUUCAUCGGCAACUCCCUCAUCGACAUGUAUGCCAAGUGCGGUGAUAUAGGGUCGUCGAGGGUCGUGUUUGACCGCAUGGAGGAGAGGGAUGUCGUCACUUGGACUGCGCUGCUGAAUGCGUAUUCGGAUGCGGGCUUGCUGGGUGAGGCCGUGGAGGUCUUUCGCUCGAUGAAGGAGAGUGGGGUUCGCCCGGACUUGAUUUGUUGGAAUGCCUUGAUAUCCGGGUUCGCGAGGAACGGGGAGACUGAUGAGGCGAUGAGGGUUUUGGAUGAGAUGAGGGAUUGCGGGGUUCGCCCCGGUGUGAAUUCUUGGAACGGGGUGAUAUCGGGGUGCGUUCAAAAUGGGUUUUUCGAGGACGCUUUGGACGUGUUCUUCGACAUGUGUUUGCGUGAGAGGCCGAAUUCUGUGACGGUUGCUAGUGUUCUUCCAGCUUGUUCGGGUUUGGGAGUUUUGAGUCUUGGUAAGGAGUUGCAUUCGUAUGUGAUCAGGAGCGGGCUUAAGAUAAAUGUUUAUGUGGGUGGGUCGUUGAUCGAUAUGUACUUGAAGAGUGGGAAGAGAGAAUAUGCUGAGAGAGUGUUUUCUAAGCUUGAGGGUAAGAGUUUGACGAUUUGGAAUGAAAUGGUUGCUGCAUAUGUGAGCGAGGACAAGAUAGUUGAGGCACUGGGGCUUGUGGAAUCGAUGAAGGAAGACGGGUUUACGCCUGAUGUCAUAACUUAUAACACCGUGCUUGCUGGUUAUGCAAGAAACGGACGGAAAGAUGAGGCAUUUAAGCUGCUAUCUGAGAUGAGUCAAGUUGGCCCGAAGCCAAAUGUUAUCUCUAUGAAUGCACUUAUCUCUGGUUUUCAUCGCUUUGGUCUUAAUGAUGAUGCAUUGGAGUUGUUUCGAGAUCUGCAGUCAUCAAGGAAUGUUUCGAUUAAACCAAAUGCUGUGUCUAUUACGUCUGUCCUUUCUGUGUGCACCGAUCUCAAGUUACUUGAUUCGGGGAAGGAAAUUCAUGGCUAUGUACUGAGAAAUGAUUUUGAGUCUAAUGUCUUUGUUUCGAGUGCAUUAGUUGACAUGUAUGCAAAGUGCGAGGAUAUGGUCUCUGCUACUAAAACCUUUGGGGCAAUCAGAGAGAAAAAUGCCGUGUCUUGGAACGUUCUAAUGGCAGGGCACAACCAUAAUGGGGAUCCAGGAGCUGCUCUAAGAUUAUUUUCUGAAAUGCUAGAACAGAAUUCUGCUGUCCCUAAUUCAGUUACUCUCUUGAUCGUUCUCUUGGCUUGCAGUAGUACUGCUGCCUUCAGAUUAGGGAGAGAAUUGCAUGGCUACAUCGUGAAACGAAGACCUGAUGAGUAUCCUUUAACUAUUGCAGGUAGCUUGAUAGGUAUGUACACAAAAUGUGGUAGUAUAGUAGAAGCGAGAUUAGUAUUUGAUUGCACUGAUCAAAAGGACAUAGCAAUUUGGAAUGCAAUGAUAUCUGGUUAUGCUUUCCACGGAAUGGCUAAGGAUUCAAUUAACCUAUUUAAAGAACUGGAGGAAUCCGCAGUUGACCCUGAUCAUAUUACUUUCACAGCUAUUCUUUCAGCUUGUAAUCAAGAAGGUCUUGUGGAGCAAGGAUGGAAGUAUUUCAAUAUGAUGGAGGAGGUCUAUGGUGUCACCCCUACUUUGGAACACUUCACGUGUAUGGUUAAUAUUUUGAGCACUGCUGGUUUGCUAGAAGAGUCGAUGGAGUUCAUUGGAAGAAUGCCUUUCGAACCUGAUGCUUGUGUUUGGGCUACAGUUCUCAAGGCUUGCAGACUACAUUCAAAUUACAAGAUCGGGGAGAAGGCUGCUAGAGCUCUCUUUGAAUUGGAGCCAAGUAAUGCUUCAAACUACAUUGUUCUCUCUAAUAUAUUUGCAACGGCAGGCAUGUGGGAUUCUUCUAUUAGCGUGAGGAAUGACAUGAAAGCUCGUGGAUUAAAGGUGGCUAAGACAUGUAGUUGGAUAUACACGGAUAACAAAAUUCACUCUUUUAAAGCAGGAGAUAGAUCACACUCAGAGAUGGAGAGGAUUUUAAACGCAUGGGAUAAGUUAGCUAACACAAUGGUGAAGAGAGGAUAUGUACCUCAAAAUAUUAUCUUCUGCCAAGAAGGAGAAGUUGAUCCCUUCUCCUGUUAUCAUACUGAAAAGAUUGCAGUGUGUUUUGGUAUCAUCUCUUCACGAGUGCAAACAACAAUUCGUGUCUCGAAGAAUGUAAGGAUGUGCAUGGAUUGCCAUUCUUCAAUGAAGUUCAUCUCAAAUAUUGUUGAAAGAGAAAUCAUUGUAGCUGAUGGAUGUUUUUACCACCAUUUCAAGGAGGGGAGGUGUAGUUGUAGAGAUAAAUGGUGAAGUUUGAAGCCAGGAGGAUACAUGGUUUAUUUACAGGCCUUGUGAUCAUUUUUUCCAUUAAGUACUGCACUGCACUUCUAAGGUUGCUUUGACAUAUGUGGGGGGUGUCCAUAGAAGACGGUCUACACAGUACAGACAGCAUGUGAAAAAUGCUUGAAUUAGAAGAAAGUUGCAUAAAUUAUUUGUUCUGUAUCAUUAAGAUAAUUGAGCUCUCCUGUAUACAAUAAAAAGAACCGUGACAGGUAGUUGUAACUUAAACUAUGAGGAUUAUACAAAUGGAAAGAUCAAAAUAUUGAAGUUUUGGCCAA